GGGAGUGGAUUGAAAAGCUCUAUAUUGCUGCCUCCUACCUUCGCAUUGAUCUUGAGAGCCAGGUUCACAAGAUUAAGAUGGCCAUGGAAGGAGGGGGAGGUGGAACAUUAUCGGACCUUUACCAGCGCUCGAAGAGAUUGCUUCUCACGACCAGGGACGGCCUCGAGAGGCUCGAACGGCUGGAGUUCUCCUCGUCGAACAGCGGCGUGGACUCUCCGGAGCUCUCCUUCUCCGUCAAGCAUGACAUCGGUCAGAUCCAAUUACUCUGCGUUGAGAUGGAUCGCCUCUGGCGGUCCAUCGCCGCCAAAUCCCAGCGAGAUCUCUGGAAAAGGAAAGUUGAACAAGUAGCUGAAGAGACUGGUUCACUUAAAGAAAGUCUUGAUAUGUACUUCUCCCGAAAUCAGAGACGGACACAAGAAGCUAGAGAGAGGGCUGAACUGCUUGGAAGAGCUAAUGGGGAAUCCUCUCAUGUAUUGAGAAUUUUUGACGAGGAAGCACAAGCAAUGCAGUCUGCCCGUAACUCGUCUAGAAUGCUGGAAGAAUCUUAUGCAACUGGAGUGGCAAUUCUUGGCCAAUAUGCUGGUCAAAGAGAUCGUUUGAAGAGUGCUCAACGGAAGGCACUGGACGUACUUAACACGGUUGGGACAUCAAAUUUUGUAUUAAGACUCAUCGAGAGGAGGCAUCGUGUUGAUAGAUGGAUUAAAUACGUCGGUAUGAUUUUGACAAUUGUCAUUCUUAUUGCCUUUUGGAGGUGGAAGUGAAGAUGGUUGCCAUGGUGAAAGAGAACAAAGCACUGCAAAUAUGUGGCAUUUAAGCAAAAAUGCAGCCAUAUUAUAUGCACAGGCGGCACUACAGUUAUCAGAUUAGGAUACCAGGCCAAAGAAUGGCGCGGGUUUGUGGCAAGCUGAAUACUGAGUACACAGCUUGUUUGGAGGCUAACUUGGGUGUUUUCAAAACCAUUUUCACCAAGUUAGGGUACCCACGGAUUGCUCGGCUUUGGUUCAAGAUCUGAAGAAAGGCAAGGUCUCGGAAUGGCUGUUGCAAUCAGUAUUUGCGGAUUUGGUUUACGUUUGUCGGCAAUUAUACAAUGUAAGGUCAAUCGUGGACUAGUGCAAGAUGCACAUCAUCUUGCGAUCCUUGCUAGGGAUAACCCCCCUAACUAGCAAUAUGUUUAUGGUUUUCUGUUAGGAAAUAUUUUUUUUUUAAUCCUUGCUGUCUGUUAUGGUUUGUUCUGUACAUGUGAUGCAUAUGCAUUGGGCUAAGAAGGGAUUUAUUUUGUCCUUUUUAGCAGCAUAUUGUCUGCCUUGCUCCGAAACUACCGGUCCAAUAACAAGCUUGGUUUUAUUUUUAAGAUGUUUUUCUUGUAAUGUUCCCUUGGAACCUUGAUGUUGGAACAUCUCAGUUAAAUAUUUUUGUUGAAAUGCAGAAAAAGAAUUCGGCCAAUUUUCACAUCCGUGCACAACUAAACUUCAUCUCAAUUCCGAUUUUCUUCCUCUACUAUUAAUUGCAACUGUGAAAACCUCACAUUUUGGUCAAGUUAGAUGACUCCUGCUAUAAAAUGAGCCGAACCUAACCAUGAGACCCAUCACAGUUCAUAUUUAACUUCCAGCACAUAUCUGACAACGUACACAGAAGUGGAACUAAUAACUGCUCCAGGCUGUAAGGAUUAUAACAAGCACUCGAAAAAACUAUCAGCAUUUCUAACUACCAGGACUUGGUCAUAUGAACAGAAUUGUAAUGGGUGCGUCGUACAAACAUUAGGACUAAUACAAAAUUGGAAGACAGGCUAAGUAAUACACAUGUCGACAACGUAUACAAAAGCUCGUCAUGGGGGCUUCUCGUACGAAUUUUGAUCUCUGAACUCUGCGAUGGCUCUUCUUAUCAUUUCACUCACAUGGGGUUGUACAAACAGGUGAGUAGAAUCCAAGAUGUGAAUAAUGAACUUCUGUGAUGGGGGCAGUGAGUUGUCUAAGUUGAUGAUGAAUUGUGCCAUUGGUAUGUCAC